GAAUAAAAAAACCAUACUAUCUUGUCUACUCCAUGUCUUCCCUUAUUUAACUUUCCUUAGUAUCAGUAGCCACAGCCAGCAAGUAGUUUGCGAUAGAACUUGAAGGUUUGGGAUUUGGGAAAUGCUUGCUUAGAACAACGUUUCUUUAUCCAUGUCUUACACAAAUACAAUUCUCAUCCCCAGUUUCCAACCCCUUUUCCCUCCAUUACCAUGCCAUUACCGUCGCAAAACAUUCAAAACUUCCCGCCAUAGACCUUUAUUUUUGGCUUCUGCUUCUGGAAAUUCAAAUGGCUUUUCGUUUUCUUCUUCCUGGGGUUCCAUUCGCCGCGGUUCCGAGCGAUUUCUGAGUAAUUUUGGUGAGGUGGUGAAGAAGGAGACCGGCAUUGAUUUUGGGGAUGCUCAGAACUUAGUUUCUAAUCAGGUUCAGGGUGUUACAUCUGGGUUUAAUCGUUUCAGGUUUGAAUUGCUUCCCCAGUUCCUCAAUUGGAACAAAUGGGAUAAUUGGAAGGAUGUAAAAAGCUGGAAACCUGAACGCUUUGCGGCGUUGGCGUUAUAUUUAGUUGCUAUAGUUGUGUCUUCUCAAAAAAUAUACAUGCUUGUUCAAGCUCCUCGCAUUGCUCAAGAAAAGAAAGAGUUGACAGAUGCAUAUAUGGAGGCAUUAAUUCCUGAACCCACACCAAGUAAUAUUAGGAGGUUGAAGAAGGGCAUGUGGAGAAAAACAAUGCCGAAAGGACUCAAAAUGAAGAAGUUUGUUGAAGGACCCAAUGGGACUCUAAUUCAUGAUAGUUCGUAUGUUGGUGAAGAUGCAUGGGAUGAUGAUACAGAACGGCCUCUGGAAAACAUGGAAGGAAUCAUCAAGUCUGAUUCAAGUUUGAGUACGCAAGACAAGGAUGCAGUUAAAAGUCAGAUUGGGAUUUCAGCUGUUAAACAAGAACUAAGUGGAUCAUGGCGUGAAAGGCUCAAGGCAUGGGCAGAGAUUCUGGAAAAGGAGAAACUGGCUGCGCAGAUUAACCCUUUAAACACCAGAUAUUCAGUUGAAUUCGAUAUGAAAGAAGUUGAGGACAGUCUCCGAAAAGAUAUGGUAGAGAAGACAUCAGAUACACAAGGAGCAAGGGCUUUGUGGAUUUCUAAGCGUUGGUGGCGCUACCGACCUAAACUACCAUACACUUACUUUCUUGACAAGCUUGAUAGCUCAGAGGUUACAGCUGUUGUCUUCACAGAAGAUCUGAAGAGAUUGUAUGUGACAAUGAAGGAAGGUUUCCCUUUGGAGUAUGUUGUUGAUAUCCCUCUUGAUCCAUACUUGUUUGAGACGAUUUCAAAUUCUGGGGUUGAGGUGGAUCUUCUUCAGAAGCGGCAAAUUCAUUAUUUCCUGAAAGUUUUGAUAGCGUUCCUGCCCGGAAUUCUGAUUUUAUGGUUUAUGAGGGAGUCUGUGAUGCUUUUACACAUUGCUUCCAGUCGUUUUCUUUAUAAGAAGUAUAAUCAACUCUUUGACAUGGCAUAUGCAGAGAACUUUAUUUUGCCUGUUGGUGAAGAUGUGGAAACGAAGUCAAUGUACAAAGAAGUAAUAUUAGGAGGUGAUGUUUGGGAUCUUCUUGAUGAGAUAAUGACAUACAUGAGAAAUCCAAUGGAUUAUUUUGAAAAGGAAGUGCAAUUCGUGCGGGGAAUUCUCCUUUCAGGACCUCCAGGCACUGGUAAAACACUAUUUGCGAGAACUCUUGCAAAGGAAAGUGGUUUGCCUUUUGUCUUCGCUUCAGGUGCUGAGUUUACUGAUAGUGAGAAAAGCGGUGCUGCGAGGAUCAAUGAAAUUUUUUCAAUUGCACGGAGAAAUGCUCCAUCAUUCAUUUUCAUUGAUGAGAUUGAUGCCUUAGCAGGAAGGCAUGCUAGAAAUGAUCCACGAAGGAAAGCAACAUUUGAGGCUUUAAUUUCUCAGCUGGAUGGAGAAAAAGUGAAGACCGGGGUUGAUCGAUUCUCGCUUAGACAAGCAGUGAUUUUUAUAUGUGCAACUAAUAGGCCAGAUGAAUUAGACAUAGAGUUUGUCCGUGCUGGACGUAUAGAUCGUCGUUUGUAUAUUGGAUUACCUGAUGCAAAACAGCGAAUACAAAUAUUUGGGGUGCAUAGUGCCGGGAAGCAGUUGGCUGAAGAUGUUGACUUCGGGAAGCUUGUCUUCCGCACUGUUGGUUAUUCUGGGGCCGAUAUCCGAAAUCUUGUCAAUGAAGCAGGAAUAAUGUCUGUGAGGAAAGGGCAUUCCAUGAUUUGCCAAAAAGACAUUGUUGAUGUCCUAGACAAACAAUUGCUUGAGGGUAUGGGUGUGCUGCUCACAGAAGAGGAGCAACAAAAAUGUGAACAAAGUGUGUCUCUUGAAAAGAAGACUCUGUUAGCUGUACAUGAAGCUGGUCAUGUAGUUUUGGCUCAUCUAUUUCCAAGAUUUGAUUGGCAUGCUUUCUCUCAACUUUUGCCUGGUGGAAAGGAAACGGCCAUAUCUGUCUUUUAUCCAAGGGAAGAUAUGGUUGACCAAGGAUAUACAACCUUUGGUUAUAUGAUGAUGCAAAUGGUUGUGGCCCAUGGGGGCCGUUGUGCUGAACGUAUUGUAUAUGGUGAUGACGUAACAGAUGGAGGAAAAGAUGAUCUAGAAAAGAUCACUAAGAUUGCUAGGGAAAUGGUCAUUAGCCCAAGAAAUGCUAAAUUGGGAUUAACAGCGUUGACAAAAAAAAUUGGUCUCAUGGACCAACCAGAUAGUCCAGAUGGUGAAAUGAUAAAAUACAAGUGGGAUGACCCCCAUGUGAUUCCUGCCGAGAUGACGCUUGAAGUAUCUGAACUCUUCGCUCGAGAAUUGACAAGGUAUAUUGAAGAAACUGAAGAACUGGCAAUGAAGGGUUUGAAGGAAAACAGACAUAUACUUGAUGUAAUUUCUAAGGAGCUGCUGGAGACAUCCAGGAUCACUGGACUGGAUGUCGAGGAAAGGAUGAAAAAUCUCUCGCCCAUAAUGUUUGAAGAUUUUGCACAACCAUUUCAAAUAGACUUAGAUAAGGAUGGCCCAUUGCCUCACAAUGAACAGUUACGUUACCAACCGCUCAACAUAUACCCUGCACCAUUGCACAGGAAUUAGAGGCAUAGUCCUGUAAUGCCGAUGAUUUGUGUUGUCUGCUGCACUGCAUUUGAUGGUGAGAUAAAUUCCGAGAUUUUUCUUUCGCAGCAGUAUAACGUGCAUUGUCGAAUGCUGGACAUCCUCAAAAGCUCGAGUAUUCCUUACUAAGGUUUGUAAGGCAGCAGCUCAAUGAAACAAUCACUUGCAUGGACUAGGCCUCAUCAUGUUGUUUUUGAUUAUCGGUGCUCAUGAUCUUGUCAAGGUGUACCUCAGAUAAACCGGGUGUUCCGCUCUGGAAACCGGUCCAUGCUUCUGUGUAUCAUGGACAAAAUUUAUACUUUCGGAGCAAGGAACACCCUCUUUAGAGAAUCGGUCGUGUCCAUCUGUUAGUCAAUAGGCUACAAGCUUAAUAGUAAACUGCAUAUUGGUUUCUUUUCCCCUCUUUUCAAACAUUGAUAACUAAGGGGACAAGAGUGACCCAUAGCAGAUUUUUGUAUAGUAUAGGUAUACAUUUUCUGUUGAGUUUUCCUCAGUUUAUAAUCUUAUAAUCUAAAUUGUCAUUGUUAUCUAUUCCUAAGAAAA